AUGGCUUCACGAACCUCUCCAUUCAAUUUGGCCACAUGCGCCCGUCCUAACAUCCUAGCACUGCAGCCCUACCGAUGCGCCAGAGAUGACUACAAAGACGAUGGGACGAACGUCCUCCUCGACGCCAACGAGAACGCCUUCGGCCCUGGUCUUGCCCUAAACAGCGAUGGCGCCUUGCAAAAUUCUCAGACCGGCGAUGCCACAGGGGCCUCCAAGCCGGAGAUUGACUUCCUCGGCCUGAACCGUUACCCCGAUCCUCAUCAGAUCGAACUUAAGCAGCUCUUCUGCAACCUGCGCAACACCCACCACCACACCCAAAAGACUCUCCUCCCCGAGCACAUGUUCUGCGGCGUCGGCUCAGACGAAGCCAUCGACGCGCUCCUCCGCUGCUUCUGCGUCCCUGGUAAAGAUAAGAUCCUCACCUGUCCCCCAACCUACGGCAUGUACAGCGUUAGUGCGCAGGUGAACGACAUCGAUAUCGUCAAGGUACCCCUCGACGCCUCAAACGGGUUCCACCUGCAAGCCGAUAAAGUCAACGAGGCCCUGGCCGCCGACCCCUCCAUCAAACUCGCCUACAUCUGCUCACCGGGCAACCCGACCGCAAACCUCAUCCGCAAAGAGGACAUCCGCAAGGUCCUCGAGCACCCAACCUGGAACGGCGUCGUAGUCGUCGACGAGGCCUAUAUCGACUUCGCGCCCGAGGGAUCCAGUCUAGCCGAGUGGGUCACUGAAUGGCCCAACCUAGUCGUCAUGCAGACGCUCAGCAAGGCCUUCGGUUUGGCGGGUAUCCGUCUGGGCGUUGCCUACGCGAGCCCGGAGAUCGCACUUCUACUCAACAGUCUCAAAGCCCCAUAUAACAUCUCCAGCCCGACCAGCGCACUCGCCUCUGCCGCGCUCACAGCGCCCAAUAUGGCCGUCAUGCACAGCUACCGGUCGCAGAUCAUCGCGCAACGCGACCGUCUGCUCUCCGAGCUCCCCAAGAUCCCCGGUGUAGGGAAGUUCCUUGGCGGCAGCGAUGCGAAUUUCCUAUUGGUGCAAAUGUUGGACACCGAGGAUCGACCGAGUAAUGUGAUUGCGCUUGCGGCGUACGAGGCGAUGGCGGAGAAGCGUGGCGUUGUGGUCCGAUUCCGUGGUAAAGAACUCGGGUGCGAGGGCUGUCUCCGUAUCACGGUCGGCACGGAGGCAGAAGUCACCAAAUUCCUGCAGGAACUGCGGGUUGUGCUGGGCAGUCUGCGUUCUGGGGCUGGGAUUCAAUCGCUUCGGGACGAGGCGAAGCGGGAGGAUGUGGCGGCUGCUGUGGUUGGAUAA